AUGGGAGGAGAAAAGGAAGGAGAAGAAACAGAAGCAGGAGUAGAAGAAGAAGAUGAGAAGGAGGAGGAGGAAAAGAAGGAGAAGCAGAAGAAAGAAAAGAAAAAAUACGAGAAAAAGAAGGAGGAGGAAGUGGAGAAAAGGGAGAAGAAGGAGGAUCAGGAGAAGAAGAAGAUGAGAAGGAUGAGGAGAAUGAGGAGGAAGAGAAGGAGAAAAAAAGGAGGUGAGGAGGAAGAAAAAGAAAAGGGAGAAGAAGGAGGAGAAGAAGAAAAAGGAAUAGGGGAAGGGGUAGAAGGAGGAGAAAAAGAAGAAGCAGCAAAAGAAGAAUAUGAGAAGGAGAAUGACGAGGAGAAGUGGAAGGAGGAAGAGAAGGAGGAGGAGGGAGAAGAAGAUAGAAAGACAGGACGAGGAGAGGAGAAGGGAGAAAAGAAGAAGAAGGAGGAGUAG